AUGUUGGGUUACCGCGUCAAUUCAUUCAAUGACGUUGGUCUUGGUGAGCCAGAACAAGAUGCAAAUUCGGCGUUGACAGAACUAGACAAAGGUUUGCGUUCUUCCAAAAUUGGAGAGCAGUGUGAAGCUAUCGUCAGAUUCCCUCGUCUCUUUGAGAAGUAUCCUUUUCCCAUUCUUAUAAAUUCCUCACUUCUCAAGUUAGCUGACGUUUUCAGAGUAGGAAGUAAUUUCUUACGAUUCUGGGUUCUCAGAGUCUGUCAACAGAGUGAAAAGCACUUAGACAAAAUAUUAAAUGUGGAUGAAUUUGUGAGAAGAGUUUUCAGUGUUAUUCACUCAAAUGACCCGGUGGCCCGGGCUCUUACUCUCAGAACUUUGGGCAGUGUUGCUGGUAUUAUUCCUGAAAGACAACAAGUGCACCACAGUAUUCGAAGAAGUUUAGACAGCCACGAUUCUGUGGAGGUGGAAGCAGCAAUUUAUGCUGCCAAUCAAUUUGCUGCGCAGUCUAAAACGUUUGCCCUCAGCAUGUGUAAUAAAAUGUCGGACAUGAUUCAAGGCUUGACAACCCCAGCCCAUAUGAAAUUGCAACUUAUUCCCAUCUUGCAGCAUAUGCAUCAUGACACUUCCACUGCCGCUAUGGUUCAGGAGCUGUGUACAGAUCUGCUCCCAAAGUAUCCUGCACAAGAUUUUGUUCCAGUCAUUCUCCACACAUUAACACAAUUGGCUCUAGCCACUUUAGUGAAUGUUCCCAAGCAGGUCAGUCUUUUACUCCAACAUUUGAAGGAUGACCAAAGACCUGUUGUGCAACAAGAAGCUUUACAUGGCUUACGUCUUCUUGCUGCGGAGUGUGCUCACUUGUGGCCAGCUGGCACAACGGACGAAGUUGUUCGUCUUGCUGACAAUUCUUCAUCACAAGCUGUUCUAAGUCGUUGCUUGGAUGUCCUUCAAGUUCUAGCAAAAUCAGCUGCGGCUUGCCAUUCUCACCUUUGUCAUGAUUCACCACUAAUGGAAUUGUGCAAUAGAACAUGUUUUUCAAGUGAUCCAGUAGUUGCUGCUAAAGCUGUUCGGGUUAUAACCAGGAUAGUCUGUUACAGUUUCAAGGAGGAGCAAAGUUCUGUUGGGGCUCAAGAAGCUAUUUCCCAAGCAGCAGAUGCUGUUGAAUCAUUGUUUCUUCUCAUUACUGUAGGGCAAAGUCAGAAGUAUCUCAAAGAAACAAAAAUUUGUUUACAAUGUGCAGUAAGUCUCUGUACCGUCAAUCGACAACUCUGCCACAACUUUGUUCAACUUAUUGGAACUCGUCUAAUGUCGGGUUCUUGUAACUCAGAACUAUGUGAAGCUCUGGGAGCGAUUGGUAACCUGCGACCCUCAGCUCUGCUCUCACUGCUACCAGACAUUUUGCUGAAGUUGAAGGAACUUAUUGCUGCCCCAAUGUCUUUGGAGCAAAACAAACUCAAGGUUAUGCUGUGCACUUUAGUAUUCCAAUCCGCUGUUGGGUUUAGCUGGAAUCCAGAAGCUAGUGAUGUUGUUGAAAAUGUUAUAAAACGAAACGAUCAAUGGGCAAACUUCAGAAUUAUGAGAGCUGCUGCCAGAUAUGGACAUCAUGCAAUUGCCUCCACGCUUGCAGCUCGUUUAAAGGAUCAUGUUUCAUCGGAACAUUUCCAUUUCUGGCUCGUUUGUUUAGAAGAACUAAGUUUUGGGGAGGCCCAGCUUCAUGAUAACAAAGCCAACUCUUGUUUGGAAUCAAGAAUCAGUCUAGCAAGCUCACAUUAUUGCAAAGCAGCUGCAGCACUGAAGGCUGCAAGUACUCCUGCUCAUUGUCUCCAAUUCCAAUCUGAAUUCAUUAGACUCAGAGGAGAAUUUCUUCAACUUUUAGCCCAAGUGGUUCACUGCUGUCGCAGUUAUUGCACAUCCCCUCCACCAGCUGUUGCUGGGUCUAUGGCUACUGCCACUCGCGAUGACCUACUAAGAUUUGGUCAUAUUACUCCUGAGCUGCGUAAAUGUGCAAAGGAUCUACGAGCAUGUGGUGAAAUGUACUGGAAACUGUAUCAGUCAGCGUUUGAUGCAGACAAGUGCUCUUUAGCUAAUAUUCAAAUAUUGCAACAAAUGUGCGUUCUAAUGGCUCACAGUAUUGAACGUGUAGUUAUUACUAAUUUUCAAGAAGAGACAGCAUUUGAUGCGAGUCUUCAAGAGUGCAGUUUAGAAACGCAAUACAUGGUGAAAUGCUGUCAAGAGGCAGCAGGGUUGGCUCAAGCAAUAGCCACUGUGCAAGAAGUCAAACCUGUUACACACCUGCAUGUGGAUGUAGUACUCAGACAAGCAGAAAUUUUGGCCAAUACAUCGUUGUGCAUACCACGAUUUUUCUUUCAAGUGCUGCAGUCAACUAGUGUCAAGCUUGCAGUCAGCCCUCAGCCCAGAGUUCUUGGUGAAAAUAUCAGUGUGCAAGGUGGUUCUCAACUGGCUGUCAAAGUGGAGGGUGUAAUUCAGCAUGGAAAACGUCCAGGGCUUUUCCGAAUGGUCAACAGGGUCAUUGUUUCUGUUAAUUCCCAACUUCAGACCAGGCCCAACAUUCAAUUAGAUACCAAGAUGACUGAGGCUGGCUCAAUGCUUACACAAACAGUGACACCCCAUCGUGAUUUCUUCACUGCUGAGUUUCUCAUGGGAUUUUCAGUUGGUGGGCAGUAUGUUUUAACUAUAGAGGCAAGUGUAGUUGAUGAGAAAGGUAAUGCUUGGCGCACCGGACCUCGACAAACUAUUUCUGUUCGAAGCCUUGAAGACCCACCCAAGGCCUCUAAUAUUCAGCAAGGGGGAGCAGGCCCAGCCAGUAGUAGAGGCCGCUAUUAAUAUAUGAGGGUAAAACUUUCAAACAGUGUUAUGAUGUGAAACCUAGGUUUCCUGCUAGAGCUGAAUUAAUUUUUUGUAAAUCUCAAUCACAAGUAGCUUGAAAAAGUGUAGCAAUAAGGAUCUGAUAAAAUGAAUUCACCCAGAAAAUGAAAACCAAAUAUAUUUUUGCACAUAUUUAUUACACAUUUAGAGCCAUUGGAAUGCAUUUGAUCGUUUGUAUGACUAUACAAAUAUUUGAUAUAAAAAAUUUAGAUCAUUUUACAUAAAA